AAGCCACAACUUUAGUCACAAGUCGAAACACACCUCCUCACAGCUGGUUGACUUCUGGAUAUCACUUGACUCGUCAGCUGCAAAAAUGACUGGAAAAUGCUAUGUUCAGCCCCGCAUAGUUUGAAACGUGUCUUUUGGAGAGUCGUGUUGAAUUUGGCUUGAAUCAUGAGUGGUAUGAGGUUUUUACGAGUGCUGGUGAAUUGUAGGCCCUGUAGUGAUGCCUCGGAUUGUCGUGAGAUCCUGAGCCGGUAAGAGCUCCGCUCCACACCGCCGGAAGCACUCCAGCAAGAGAGAGACGUUGAGUGUAUGAAGAGUCUGGAGCGAGAUAAGGAAACAUGCUUCCGCCGUCGGAAAGGGAUUUUGUGUCGGUGACUCUCGGUGAAAGCGGCAGCUACACGAACGGCAAGCAGUGGCGGAGGCAGUCCUGCUGGAGGAAAUGGAAACAGCUGUCCAGAUUGCAGCGCAGCCUGAUCCUGUUUACACUGAUGUUGCUGCUUGUCUGUGGAAUAGUUACAUCUCCCACUCUCAUGGCACACUGGAGAGAUGGUACAUUAGGGGAUAACACGGAUGAUGGAAAACAGCCGUUUGUUUUAGACCUUAAAAAUGAGUACAAGUUCAUUCUUCCUGAGCCGCCCUCUGGGAAAAAGGGCUUCCGAAGACGAGGACCCCCUGUUUUGCAGAGCCGUUCACAAAGCAAAACAAAUGCAUCUGAAGGAGGAAAACCAGUUGUCAGUUGGCGUGAAGCUGUGAUAGACCAAGGCCAAGUCUCUGACACUGACAUCAAGGAGGCAGAAAUCCAAGAAAUUACCCUAGCAGAGAGCAGGCUUGAGGCUGUAAGAGAAGCAUUUAGACACGCCUGGAAGGGCUACAAGGACUUCGCCUGGGGUCAUGAUGAGCUCAAACCCAUCUCUAAAUCAUAUGGAGAGUGGUUUGGACUUGGGCUAACCCUGAUUGAUGCUCUGGACACAAUGUGGAUCUUGGGUCUAAAAGACGAGUUUGCAGAGGCCAGGGAGUGGGUGGCCACAGAACUGUCCUUCGAUAAGAACGUAGAUGUUAAUCUGUUCGAGAGCACCAUUCGUAUCCUGGGUGGCCUGCUGAGCACUUAUCAUCUGACUGGAGACUCUGUAUUCCUGGAGAAAGCUAAAGAUAUUGGCUCCAGACUGAUGCCCGCCUUCAACACGGCAUCCAAAAUCCCUUACUCUGAUGUGAAUAUCGGAAAGGGGACGGCUCACUCUCCGCAGUGGACUUCAGACAGCACCGUAGCUGAGGUCACCAGCGUUCAGCUGGAGUUCAGAGAACUCAGUCGACUCACUGGAGACCCCAAAUACAAGCUGGCAGUGAUGGACGUUAUGAAUCAGGUCCAUAAACUAGACGGGAAGAAUGAUGGAUUAGUGCCCAUGUUCAUCAAUACAAACAGCGGCCAGUUUACCCACCAGGGCAUCUACACACUGGGCGCCAGGGCUGACAGCUACUACGAGUACCUGCUGAAGCAGUGGAUUCAGGGAGGCAAGAAGGAGAAUGACUUGCUGGAAGACUAUCUGCAGGCUAUGGAAGGGGUGAAGAAGAACCUGCUGAGGAAGUCUAAUCCUCUAGGCCUCACGUUUGUAGGAGAGUUGUCCCACGGACACUUAAGUCCUAAGAUGGACCACUUAGUAUGUUUCCUGCCUGGCACGCUGGCACUGGGGGCACAUCACGGCCUUCCUGCUGACCACAUGGAGCUGGCAAAAGAGCUGAUCGAGACCUGCUACCAGAUGUACGUUCAGAUGGAAACGGGUCUUAGCCCAGAGAUAGCUCAUUUUAACAUGCAUGAGGGUAGCAAGCAGGAUGUAGAAGUGAAGAUUGCAGACAGGCACAACCUUCUACGGCCAGAGACUGUGGAGAGCCUCUUCUAUUUAUACAGAUUCACCAAGGAUAAGAAGUACCAGCUGUGGGGCUGGGAGAUCUUACAAAACUUCAAUAAGUACACAAGGGUUUCCACCGGAGGUUACACGUCCAUAAACAACGUUCGUGACCCAGCCUAUCCCAACCCUCGAGACAAAAUGGAGAGCUUCUUUCUGGGUGAGACGCUCAAAUACUUUUACCUGCUGUUCUCAGAGGACCCCGACCUUAUCAGCCUAGACAAAUACGUGUUCAACACUGAGGCUCAUCCUCUGCCCGUAUGGCCAGAAGCAGAGUGAUGGACCCACGGGCACGCACACAACCAAAUGCACCUCUCUCAGGGCCAUGAGUACACAAAGAUUCGAUUCUGUCCUUUUGAUAUCUUCUUUUCUAUACCAGGGACUCUUUUUGUAAAUGAAAUGAUUGUAAUAGCCAUGACAUCAGUAUGUAAAUGUAGAUGUCUAGUUUCAGAUUAUGGUGUGAACUAGCGUACCGUAUGUUUCUGUUAAUGGAAUUUCCGACUGUAACUAUUUAUUCAUUUAAGAAUAAUAACAUACGUUUUCAGCAACUGAUGAACAAAAAGUGUCAUCAUCUGAUUUGAAGGCACAGAUCUGUAGGUGAUGCUUUUGUUAGCCCACUGAAUCAGUGUGUGCAGUUUGCAGUCUUAUCAGCCCACACACGCAGACAUUAAAACGUUCAUACUGUGAAAUCUUACGGGGACUGCAAGCACUUAAUGGUGUGUACAGGGAUUUUAAUGUGCGUGUUUUGUUUUUAUUAAAAGACCUGCUGCUGUUUGUUGUGUUAGGAUGUGGGUUUAGGGGGUCUUUCAUCAUCAUGUGAUUGACUAUUGAAUUAUUUCUUAGAUCAUUUAGCAUAUAGAACUACCAGACAGCACUUAAAGUUUUAAGCUAAUUGGGGUUUAAUGGUGGGAAAUGAAAAUGCACUGUUCAUUCCAUUCUUAAGAAUUUCUCUGUGCAUUUUAUUCUUUUUAAAUUAUUCUUUUUUGCUGUGACUGAUUUAGCUGCCAUUCCUGCAAAUAAGGAAAAUGUUCCUUUUUGUGUCAAGUGAGGUGUUUGGUAGAGGGUUUAUUAUUAUAUAUUACAUGAUGUUAAGGUUGUCUAGCAGGUGGUUGUUUGAACUUAUAUUCUUAUCCCAGGGUUAUACAGUAUAUAGAAUAGUUUGGUCCAGUGUAAUUAGACUUUUUGUGGUAGUAAUGUAAGGGAGUGUUAAUCAAGCACAAUAUUUAAAAACCAAGAAUCUAUGAUGUGGCUUAUGUACUUCUAUCACUUUCAGGGGACCUACAGUAGAUGUGAUUGUCAGUAGUAUUUUUGUAUGAUCAAUAUUGUGUACAAGCAUUCUGUAGGAUAUUUAGUAAAUAUAUAUAUAUUUUUUUGUGAAUUUAGGUAUUAGUUUUCCUUGUGAAAAGUUUGUUUGGGCGACUUCAAAAUUCUAUUUUUUUUCUUGGGGUAAGGAAAAUUAUUUCUGAUUUUGGAUCAGUUUGUGUGCACAGAAUGUCUUAAGGUAACCAACAACAGGUAGUGAAAACGUUUUAAAAAUCGUCAGUGAAUAUUCCUGCUUUGCUUAAAGAUCACACAUGUAUUAACGCGAAUUUUGUUUUGAAAGUUAAAACUUUUGCUCAGUUUAUCCAGAUGGAGCUUUGAGUUGUAGUUUUUUGUGUAUAAUACCAGUGCAGAUGUUAAAAAAAGGGCUCUGGUGAUGUUUCAUUUCACGUGUGCCUUUCAAAACACACAGGGCAAUGAUGAAGAAAUGUCUAUUUUCAAUCCUGAGAAUCAAGUUUUUAUCGAAAUCUAUUUUAAUCAUCUCAUGCCUGUUGUGAAGCUAUUUACAAUUUCUUGUUUUCUGAAUAAACACGUAUGAUAUUUCAGUC